GGUAUCUACUGUAAGACAUGGCUUGUCUCAAACAUUCCUGCCGAGGUAUACAAUCAUAUCACGGGCUGUAUCGAAAGCUUCCGCCAUGCUGCGUUGCAGUGAUGGUAGAGAUUCCACUAUCGGAUGGUGAAGGCCGAGACAGUUCGUAAUCCUUGGGUCAGGGGUAAAGACCUUGCAUGGUACCGAAUCCCGUGGUGUCUUUCUUCAGCCUUCUUAUUGGGAACGCGCCGUGGGCCAGGAAGGCUGCUUUUGAUCCUCUGUGUUACUGUAUCUUCCUUACCAAAUCCUGUCUUGUGCUGAUCCUCCUGUCAGUCCCAUUGCAUGAGUACGUUCUGAGCAUCGGUUGCAUUCCCAUAUUCGUUUCACUCUCAUACGGCCAUCAUCAUGCCUGCCCUCACUCAAGACCAGUCCCUCGAUGUAAUCAUUGUUGGAGCGGGCAUCGCAGGGCUGGCUGCCGGCAUCUCGCUUCGCCGGGCGGGCCACAAGGUCCGCAUCUUUGAGCGAUCAGAGCUCAACAAUGAGGUUGGCGCCGCCAUUCAUGUGCCUCCGAAUGCCAACCGUUCCCUCGUGGCAUGGGGCUUGGAUCCUGUGGAGAACAAGUUCGUUACGUCCACCGGCAUCGCCAUUGGAUCCGGAGCCACUCUUCAGCAGUUUGACUUCACCCCACUCGGUGACUGGGUUCCCAAGGUGUAUGGCGGUCCUCUGUACUUUGCCCACCGAGUUGACUUGCAUGAGUCCUUGAAGAAGCUGGCGAUGGGCCCUGAGGGUCCGGGAAAGCCUGUCGAGUUGAGCUUGGGCGUGCAGGUUGUCGCUUAUAACCCAGAGGAGCCAUCCAUCACCCUUAGCUCAGGCCUGGUGAAGAAGGCGGACCUUGUGGUUGCGGCAGAUGGAGUCCAUUCCAUUGCUGUUGAGACCAUCCUUGGAUAUGCCAACAAGCCAGAGCCUCAAGCGCUCUACAAUGGAUGUUACCGCUUCCUCAUCCCGGCUGCUGACCUAGAUGCCGACGAGGAGACUGCGUGGUGGAACAAGAAUGGCGAGAGCGAGGGGCUUAUGAGGAUCUAUACCGCUAGCAAGUUCGGCAAUCGCUUCAUCUCGUAUCCAUGCCGUGGUGGUGAGGUCUGGAACUGUGUUGGCAUGUUCCACGAUGACGAGUUGGAAGGCGCCACCAAGGAGGAUUGGCAGACACCUGUCGAUAAGUCCCACUUGCUCAAGUCCUUUUCCGACUUCCAUCCCUCCCUCCAGGCCGUACUAAACAAAGCGAGCGAAGUAAAGCGCUGGCCUCUUCUCUAUCGUGGCCCCGUGCCCACCUGGACCAAAGGGAAGAUGGUCAUCAUCGGAGACGCAGCCCAUCCCAUGUUGCCGCACCAAGGCCAAGGUGGCGCACAGGGUAUUGAAGACGGCAUUGCCCUUGGUAUCUCGUUAAGUGGUGCCACAUCUGAGGAUAUCCAGGAGAGGCUAGCCAUCUUUGAGAAGGCCAGGAGGCACAGGGCAAGCGCUAUCCAGGUGAUGAGCAACGCCGGAGUGGACCAAGCUGAAAGAGUGGCUAGAGAGGUGGCACAAUACGUUAGCGUUCCUCUGGAUUCCCAGGCCAAGUUCGCCGAGUACAAUUGGGGCCACGAUGUUGUCGACACCACAAUCCAGCUGCUUCGGGGGUCCGUGGAUGCCAAGUUUGAGCUUCCGGAAGGAUUCUUCAAGGGGAAGCCAUUCUCGCCGCAGAAUGCGCCCAAGUAUGCGUAGGCGGCGGCCACAUAACAGAGGAUAGAGGGGUGGUUGGGUCUAGACAUUGAGUGUAACAAAGCAAUCCAGCACUUGUACAUGGGCAUUUUGAGAAGCUGAUCGCAUAAUGAUUGAUUUGGUUUCAGAGAAAAUGGAGAGAUGCCUGGCGAUGUGAUGUCGUGAAAUGGAUGAAGGGAAAGAUUGCAAACGGGAAGCGGGCACCCGUCCCAUGUCCAUUCCCACCUCUUUCAGCACUCGACCUUAACAAUUAUUGC